AUGUCGGCGGACGACCUCGAGACGCCAAUCCUAUGCGAACCCUGCUUGGGCCCCAAUCCAUACAUCCGCAUGACCAAAGACCCGCAGGGCAAAGUGUGCAAGAUCUGCACCCGUCCCUUCACGGUCUUCCGCUGGAACCCAGGCGCCGGUUCUCGCUUCAAAAAGACCGAGAUCUGCGCCACCUGUGCCAAGGUCAAGAACGUCUGUCAGACGUGCAUCCUCGAUCUGCAGUAUGGAUUGACGGUGCAGGUGCGGGAUGCGGCGUUGGGGUUGAAAAGCGGUGGGCAGCAUAGUUCGGACAAGACGAGGGCGUAUGCGGCGGAUGUAGCGGAGAAGCAGCUGGAGGGGAGCGAUGGUGGGAUGGGGACGCUGGGGAGGGCGGGGCAGGAGCUCGUGCGCAAGGCGGCACGGAAGGAGAUCGAGUACAAGAGGGAUCGUUCCCAACAGCUGUGUUCGGCGUUUGCGAGGGGGAGAUGUGAGAGAGGAGACGCAUGCCCUUUCAAGCACGAACUGCCUGCUGAUAUGAGCCUCGUGGGAUCACCAGCGGCGGGACCGUCAAGUGGCGCACAAGCACCAUCACCAGUAGCACCAAGAAUCACAAAGCCAGCGGCAGGCCUCCCACCACCACAAGACACGUCCAUCGUCUCGCUCUUCAUCUCCUCCCUCCCUCCUUCCACCACCGAGCCCGCUCUGCGUCAAUUCUUCCUCGACCUCACGCCGCAACUCCAACCAGACCACAUCAAAUCCGUCACACUCGUCGCGACCUCCCGGUGCGCGUUCGUCAACUUCCGCACGCGACAGCAGGCCGAAUGGGCAGCGAAACAGUGCGAGCCCAAGAUGCUCAUGGGCGAGCAGGAGGUGAGGUUGACAUGGGGUAGGAGUCGACCCAAAAAGCAGGCUGGCAAAGAGUAG